AAGAGCCUGGGGGGAAUCGGGGUGUGAAAUGGAUUAACGCCCCUUAUGGACCCUGCUCCAUCGCCCUUCUCACCCUGACAGGCUGAAGAAUUGCGUCCACGUUUCGCUCCAGAUUAGGAGACUGGGCAGAGAAAUGGCUUCUGCACAGCUGGUGCAGGAUGCAGCACAGCUCAUUGAGAUGCCGGUGACCUUCGAGGAUGUGGCUGUGUAUUUCACUGAUGAGGAAUGGGCUCUGCUGAACCCCGGUCAGCGAACCUUCUACAGGGACGUCAUGCAGGAGAACUAUGAGAAUGUGAUCUCACUGGGAUUUCUGAUUUCCAAACCUGACAUGAUCUCACAGCUGGAACAAGGGGAAGAGCCGUGGGUCCCAGAUCUCCAGGACUCUGAGGAAAGCAGGAUCCUAAAAGGUGCCCGCAUGGGUGACUGGAUGGUGAGUGAGAACGAGGAGGAGAAUCCCCCACAGAAAGCUCCUAAACAAGUGGAGUUGCAUGGGUUGCUAUUGGGAAGAUCCAUAGGUGAUGCUCCCGCACAGGGAGAAGCUGGUGGGAGUCAGCUUGGAUCAAAGGAGCAGAAGGAAAAGCACUCAGGGAAGGGACAGAGCAAAUCCACUCCCCAUGAGGGCGUUUCCAGAGACUUCCACAAAACCACGGUCCAGCAGACCGGAGAGACGCAGAAAAUAUGCCAGUACUGUGGAAAAAUCUUCAGCUGCAACUCACACCUCACUCGACACCAGAGAACCCACACGGGGGAGAGACCCUAUGAAUGCCCCAUCUGUAGGAAAAGCUUCGGUCAGAGCUCGCACCUGAUUGUACACGAGAGGAUCCACACGGGACAGAGACCCUUCAAGUGCGACGAAUGCGAGAAAAGCUUCAAUAGCAGCACGCGCCUCGUUGGACAUCAGAGAUGCCAUAGGAAGAAGAAACUCUCUAAAUUCCCUCUGUUGGCUAGAGCAAAUCCCACAUUUCCCAAUUCCUUGAGUAUCCAGCUACCUCUUUCUGGGGUCAGGGGGCAGCUGCAGGUGCCUCUGGUCUGCUCAGUGAAUCUCUGGCUCUGCCUCCAGUAG